CAGAGGCAGCGCUUCGGUUCCUCGUGCCGCUCAGCUGCCGCACUGACUGACUGAGCGCGAGCCGCUCCGCUAAGAUCCGCUGCGCGAGACCCACUCACGCGCUACUCUGCCGCUCUCUCUCAAUAUGCCCAUUGAGGUUGGACAAGCGCUGCCCGCCGUGGAGGUGCAGGAAGGAGACCCGGGCAAUAAGGUGUCCAUGGAUCAGCUCUUCAAGGGCAAGAAGGGCGUGCUUUUCGCCGUGCCCGGAGCCUUCACCCCUGGAUGCUCUAAGACACAUCUUCCCGGGUUCGUGGAGCAGUCCAAGGAACUGCGGAGCAAGGGCAUCGAGGAGGUGGCCUGUAUCGCUGUCAACGACGCCUUCGUCAUGGCGGCCUGGGGGAAGGAGCAUGGGACUGAGGGCAAGGUGCGGAUGCUGGCUGACCCAACUGGAGCCUUCACCAAAGCAGUGGAUCUUCUGCUGGACAAUGAUCAAAUAGUUCAGGUUCUAGGGAACCAGAGAUCCAAGAGGUAUGCCAUGGUCAUUGAGAACAGUGUUGUGAAAAAGCUAAAUGUUGAGCCUGACGGCACAGGCCUGACUUGCAGCCUGGCUUCCAGCAUCCUUGCUGAUCUGGUCUAAAGAAGAACCAAAUGUCCUAGUUGUGCAACCCUCUCACCCUCACCCUUACCCUCCCUUACUUUCCUGCACACCAGCCGUUGAACAUGACUGACCAAUCCUGGUCCAAGAAAGCCAUAGAGCCCAGGAGAAACAAUGUGGAAAGCAUAUCAUGGCACUUUGUAUUUCUCAGGUUUGAAAAGUAAUCUAGCUUUAUAAAACCAAUAAAAACCUACCAAACAUUUUAUAUCAUGAAUUUGGCCUCCAGGAACACAGCACUGUGAGGUUAUAGCUUUAUUCAAACUUCUUGGAUAUCUUGAGUGGGAAGUCGGCAUGAAAAGAGCAUUUGCCUUGUCGAUGAAGUUCUCGCAUGGUGCUCUUGAACACCAGGAGUGGUCACACAUUGUAAGUUCAGAGUUGUCCCAGUAUUGUACACCUCCAAGUGUUAGUGGGGAACAUGUAUAAAUGCACUGUCUAGGGUCCUAACUACGCUAUGCUCUACUUAGUUGUUGAUCCUGAUCUCAUGUAGCCACUAAGUAAAAAUAUUAAAUGGC